AUUUUUGCUAUGGUCUGUGCGUGGACCCAUUUAUACGCGGGACACCUUACCUUGUGAAAGAUUGUGGCGCAUGAAUCCCUGUGGUUCAGCUCACUCAGCUACUUCAUGCCACCAAUCCAAUCUUGCGACGGUCUAAAUCUUCGGGCUGCUAACAUCUCUCGCAUUAGGUGAAUCAUACGUCGAGGCACACGACAAAGCCAUACGAAAGAUAUUCGAUGCUCACGCUAUCGAUUACCGAGUCUUGUUAACCCGACCAGUAGAAGAACCGGGUAUUUGUCGACAGUAUAGCCUAGCCCAGAAGGACCGGUUCAACGACAGGAUACGCCUCGAGUUCCUACAAGCGUUCAACGCCACCCGGAAGUAUAACAAACAGCUUCCGCACUACUUCUUCAAGAUGAGUGUCGUGUAUAAGAGUCGCGACAUACUACCUUCUGAUCCCUAUCCUCCCGGUAUCGACGGAGGCGAUCAUGACGGAGACACUCGAUCUGUACGAUACUCCCCCGUACCGCCGGUGCAUUAUAUGACAUACGAUGGAGCGGAAAACGCAACCCUCAUACCUCCCUCACCCAACUCCGCCGAUCUGAAUUCGCCGAACAUUCUCGAGCCCCUCAGCCCCCCAGAAAGUCUAUCGGCACCAGCGAAACCUGAUACCAACCGGCUACCGCGUCUAGGGUCUAUACCGAAACCCGAGCGCAUCGAGACAAAGAAUCGGGAUGGGCUAUACUAUUGCGCAUUCCCGGGUUGCACCGAGGCGGUCAAGACAUUUCCUCGGAAGUGCGAAUGGGGCAAGCACAUGGACAAGCACGACAGACCGUACAAGUGCAUGGCGGCGGAAUGCGAGAAGCUGGCCGGGUUUACGUACUCCGGCGGGCUCCUGCGGCACGAGCGCGAGGUCCACGGCAAGCACGGCGGUCCGCGCAACCCGCUCAACUGCCCGCACGGCAACUGCAAGCGGCACGAGGGCAAGGGGUUCUCGCGCAUGGAGAACCUGAACGAGCACCUGCGGCGCGUGCACACGCCGAACGAAGGCGCCGCCGCCUCCUCCAACAACAACAACAACAACAACCUGAACUCCGCGCCCACCGCGCCGUCGCCCGAGGACGAGCAAGACGACGUCCCGGCGUCCGCGACUCUCCAGGCCGCCGUCGGCGUCGCGUCGUCGUCGUCGCCGCCCGAGAAGACGGGCGAGAAGAGGAAGCCGGAGACGGACCUGCGCGACGAGGUCAAGCGGCUGCAGGUCGAGAACGUGAGCCUGCGCGACGAGCUCAACGCGCAGCACCGCCAGAGCAUGGCCAUGAUGCAGCAGAUCGCCGAGAUGAACGCGCGCCUCCUCGCGCUGAGCAACGCCGCCGCCGCCGUCCACCACAAUCCAUCGUCGUCUUCGGAAGCGUAGGGCGCUCCCGUGGGUUACUAUCAACCGUUCCAGAUGGGGAAUAUGAACGGCUGGCGGCAGUGAUUUUUUUGGCUUAUUUUUGUCUCCUCCCCCCCCCUUUUUUUUUAAACUCAUUCUCCUUUGUUACAUACCUGUUUAA